AUGUCGCAAGUCAAACAGGAAGAAGUAAAGGGUAAUACAGCAUUAUCUGAUCCCAAAAUCACAAAGGCCAUGGAAGCUACUAUUAACACCGCGACCGAAAAGACCAAGUCUUCCAAGGAUAUCAUGAGCCUUAAAUAUAAGCGCAUGGCAAAGCUCGGUAGAGGAGUUUUUGGAGCAAGAAAUGCGCAGGUCAAAAAGGACAAGAAGAACAACGAUAAAAACAACAACAACAAAGUACGCAAAACUAGCCGUCGCUGCACCUCCGUCGCAAGCCUUGGCAGAAAGAGCCAACGAGGCAAGGCCCUUCCUUUCGUCGAUUUUCCUGCUGCGGAAGCUUUGUUGCAUCUAAAUGAUGAUGAAAAGGAGAGCUACAAAGCCUUGUGGGAUUGGUCUAUGCCAAUUCAGAACAUGAAGAAGACAAUGACAUGGAAAGCUAUUUUAGCUGUUUACGCCAAGAUUUUCCCAAAUGAAAAGCUAAUGACUUCUCCAAAUUCACUUGCCAAUCGCUAUUCCAAUUACUUUGCUAGAUUAUCAUUUCUUCUUGAGAAGGAACAGGAGGCUUCUGCGUUAAAAGACGCGGUCGAGAAUUCCGAAUUUGUUUUUCCUGAUGAUGAGGAAGAGGAUGAAGAUGAGGAAAUGGAUGAAGAGGACGACGAAGAGGAAAUAGAUGAAGAGGACGAAGACGAUGAAGACGAUGAAGACGAAGAUGAUGAAGACGAUGAAGAGGACGAAGACGAUGAAGACGAUGAAGAGGAUGACGAGGAUGACGAAGAAGAUGAUAAUGAAUACUGA